GGUUAGUGGACUGGAUAUAUAUAUAUAACAAGUGUAUUAGAGAUAUUCUGAGAGAGUCAUCACCAUGUCAACUCCAGAAGAGUACCACAUAUUGCAAGCGGUAUUCAGUGCGUCAAAACGGACUAUUCCAAUUAGUAUCCAAAUUCAAAGGAAUGAAAAAUUGUCAAGAGGAAGGACGUCAUUGCUGCAACUAGGGAAUUGCAGAAUUGCAGCAAAAGCAGACAUUAACAACAUUGGAAAAUUGACGCCACCAAUGCUGAAGGUCAAAGAUUUUGACAAGGCAGACGUGGGCGAUGUGUCGCCUAAUAUGUAUCGAAUCAUAGACAAUAAAUACGUAAAGUCUGUUACUAAGACAAUUGUAUUCACUUUCCCUCAGUUUUUAUCUUAUUUAUCUUCUUUGGUUUGUCAACUUUAGUAGCAUACUUUAGUUACUUUUCAUUGGACAUAUUUUGUUAAAAGCGAACAAUUUGAAAGUAAAAAUUGUUCAUACAUUAAAUGUGCAAUAAAUCAUGAAUUUUAAUUUUCCAGA